AAAAUACAAACAUAUAAUAUAAACAAGAGUUCCUCUAACAAUCAUCAUAAAUUGCCGGAGUUACAACUUUAAUAAAUAAAAAUGAUCGAGGCACCGACGUGGAACUCCAAAAAAGAUGAAGGCAUCUAUAAAGCCGCAGGUGCUAUGCAUCUACGAAAAUACGGAGAAUUCUUUGAGAAUCUGGUGGAGAAAUCCUGGAAGGGUGAUUCAACGUUAGAAUAUAUUAUAGAAGGUCCUCUACGUCUAGUCUACAAAUCGACAGAAGAUAUUGGUAUUCUGUCCUUGGUGGAAAUGGAAAACAAAGUUCUAUCCAAGCUGCUGGCAGCGAUAGCAGGAACGUGCAGAGAAAUCAGAUUACUGAAAGUGGAAGCUGCUGAUUUUUAUGCAAAGCUCUUCGCUCAUGGAGAAAGGUGCAUGGAUGACGAUCUUAUUGGUGUGACCAAAUUAUUGUCAGAUCUUCUAGAUCUAUCCGUUUUUACCAAUCGAAUGUCAGCUGUCGUACACUUGACUACCCAACAAUUGGCAAGUCUAUCCGGCGCCGUCCAUGAAAUCUAUUUACCCGUUCUACUGGAAGGCUUCAUAGAUCUAUUUGUUAUCCUUGUAACUCUCGACGAGAUCGUCGACGCUCAACCAACAAUAUUGGAUCAGUGGAAGAAGUACAGGAUACAUGUGCGCUCUAUGAUGCAUAAUCCAUUGCAAUUUCAUGUCACCAAGACAAAAUUGGAAACGUUUGACCAUCUGCUCAAAGAUCUGCAGGAGAAAUUGCUACGAAAGAAUAUGUUUCUGAAGGCGAUUGAACAUGUGAUGGAUGUAAAUAAAGGCGCGGUCAUGAGCGAGCAGAUCAUCAGUUAUCUGAAAAAUAUGAUUACAGAUGUGGAGAGCAAAUCCAACGACUGUGCCGCAUUGAAUAAGAACUGGAUAAGAGCCAACGUCGGCGUCGCCGUGGUGAUAAAGCUGUUUGGCGCUUGUGACAAGAAGCUGAUCAAGAGGGUGCUGGAGACCAACAAGAAAUUCUACGCAGUCACGUUGGUGGGGAAUGUGAUGUGGGUGCCGAGUAAGUUCCUCAGCAACGUCGUGCCAAAGGAAACUGGCAAUGCCAUAAACUUACAAAUUGGCGAAAAGAUUCUGCAAGCAAGAACGCAAAGAUUGUCUGUCACGGUGAACAAUCUGAUACAACGAGGGACGAUCUGGUGCGUGGAGAUGCAGAGUAUCCUUACAAGGACCAAUCUCCAGGUAUCAGACAUUGGACAAAAGCGUACGCUACUGACGGAUUUGUUAGCUUUGCUGUCUCAGAUGCGUGAGAUUGUUGCAUUUGUGACGAAUCUGCACGCUUUGCUGUCGAAGCCGAUGAGUCGUGGCACAGUUAAACUAAUUUGCAGACUCGUGGAGUUGCAAAAGUCCCUGCAGACGACAUUUUACGCACUCGGGCCGGUCGUAGUGCAAUCGCAGGCGCAAGUGCUGCAAUACCUAGCUUACUACGUGCUAGUUAUGCUGGAAACAGCGCGAAAAGCUCUUGUUCAGAGGGACAAGAGUUACAGCAGGGAACGCUUAGAUGCGCUAUCGCUGAUAGGGCUGAGUAUGCGGCUGAUAAGUGGUCCAGCGAGCGCAGAUAGACGGCUGAUAGUGCGUUGCGCGUUAGCGUGCGCCACUCAGCUGACCGAUACUUUCCGCGAAGAAGAAAUAGUCAAACUACGGUUUCUGCUGGAUAGUUAUGAUGCCGUGGCCGAGUUAUACGAGCUAGUCGAUGAACAUGGCGACUAUUCGCUGCUGCUGCAUCAUCAGAACAUGCUCCCCGCUUAUCUCUCCUCGGUCGUCGACAGCAAUACCGGCGUUUACCAUAUUACACAUCUGUUCGCCGCCUUCAAUAGCGCCAUAAGCGAACAGGAAUUCGCUGAGCUGAAGGUAAAACGUAUUGCGGAACUUCGGGAGAGCCUAGUGAAGAGUGUAUUAAAACCGGCCUGCCAUGAGAUCGAGACUAGCCUACGACUGCACGUGCAUGCUCAUCUUAAACUAGAUUCCACGAAUCCUUUUAAUAUUGGCGCGAAAGACGGUAGCAGGAUGGUGCGAGUCCCGCCGUUGCCUUUGGCCGAAAACAUGGUUUGUACAAAGAGAUUUGUCGAGCAUUAUCUGGACGAUAUGUUUUACAAUUUGACGACAGUAGCCCUACACGAUUGGAGAACCUACCGGACGAUGCAUGCGUUAGCCAGUUAUAAGAUGGGCCUGGACACGGUGCAGGACCAUCUGCCGACGCAGACUCUCGAACAGGGUCUGGACGCUCUAGAGAUAAUGCGUAACAUCCAUGUGUUCGUUUCCAGAUACCUAUACAAUCUGAACACGCAAACGUUCGUGGAACACAGCAGCGGCAACAAGCAUCUAAAUACCAUUGGCAUCCGGCAUAUCGCCAAUUCAAUUCGCACCCAUGGCACCGGUAUCAUGAGCACCACGGUAAAUUUCGUUUACCAGUUUCUGCGUGUAAAGCUGCAUACCUUCUCGCAGUUCCUCUUCGACGAACACAUCAAGUCACGGUUGAUGCGCGAUAUUAGAUUCGUCCGAGCACAACGAGAAGCAGGCGCCGCUCCGUACACAUACGAACGAGCGGAGAAAUUCCAAAAGGGUAUCCGAAAACUAGGGAUGACUGCCGACGGGCUGAGUUACCUGGAUCAGUUUCGUCAGCUGAUCACGCAAAUCGGCAACGCACUCGGCUAUGUGCGGCUGAUUCGCUCCGGCGGCCUUUACGCCAGCUCUAACGCAAUAUCUUUCCUGCCAGAUAUCGAGAAAACAGUACCAUUCGAAUCACUCUGUCGUGGACUAAAUUAUAGCGCUACAACACAAGCUGCAGCCAGACGGCUGGAGAACGACAUCGCUGAUCUGGUGCGUAACUUCACCGAGGGUAUUCAAUACUUUAAGUUGCUAGUCGACGUGUUUGCAUCGGCAUUCCGCGAUACCAAGUCCUACCAUCUGCAGCAGUUCUACGCCAUCGUGCCGCCACUAACGCUCAGUUUCGUCGACAAUUCCGUAUCCAAUAAAGAGAAGAUGUUUAAGAAGAAUCAGACCGGCGCAGCUUUCACUGACGAUGGCUUCGCCAUGGGUAUUGCCUACAUCAAUGCUUUGCUUGAUCAGAGCGUUGAACUAGACGGCCUUCAUUGGUUCAAAACGGUUGAACAGCACAUCGCCCAGGAAAAGCUUGCAGCCGAGCGCAAGGAUGACCACGGCGAUGAGAAGCUUCAACAAACCAGGGCGCUCACUCUCCAACGUCUCAAUGAAAGAAACGCCGAGUUCCAAUUAUUGUACUAUAGUCUCUCUGGUGCUAGAGUGUUUUUCAAGCAACCUGAUACGUAACACAAGACAAUCUACUCAUUUUGAUAUUUCGAUAUUGUGCUCUUGGGCCAGUUAUCCAAGUCGAUUUCAUGAUUACUAGGAGAGAAGUGGUUAACACAAAUUACGAUGAUUUAGAUAAAUGUGCUUUCCACUUCUUCCCUAAUUUUUGAAUGCAAAUGAAAUUUUGAAUAAAUAUAAUACUCAUUCCAACUCUUCCAAUUUAUUCUCAUACGUGUUUGUCAUCAUAGCACAUGUUGUAAAUUACUUAGACUGUCUACAAUCACUUUUAUAAAUAUUUUCUACAUUCACACGAUAUCGUUACAAUAACAGAGCUUUUGUUCAAUAAAUAAUGGCUAGACUGAAUGACUAGGUUUUACGUCUAAAAGAGGUGCAAUUACUACUUGCAUCGCAAGUAGAAUCGAAAAGAUAAAUGAAUGAAGACAUCUAAUAUUUGUGUAGUGUCUUAAAUUUUGAAUUUGGCAAAUUAUUUAGAAUAAUGCAAAAUUUUAUGAGAAUAACAUAAACCUUCAUCCAUUUUUUAUCUCUAUCUUGACGAAACAAUUGUUUAUCUCACCAGAUCAGAUCUCCAUCUUCUCGAAAAUUGGAUUUUCAAAAGAAUCACAUUUUCUUUCCAAUUCGGAUCGAUGUUGCGCUUUUUUUAAAUUUUCAAUAAACUAUUGUGGCUAAUUAACAUUGACGCACUAUCGGCGUACGAUGCACAUGAACAUA